AUGAAAAUAUCAGAGCAACAGAUUGGGGAUGGUUUUCCAAAGAUGGUUUGUUAUUACCCUAUAGUCCAAAGUGAAAGAUCAUUGGCGCUUAUAACAAGAGCUGAGAGGUUUUUAGAAAUAGCUGGACAGUUUACAAAAGAAACAUUUAUAAGUUGGGUGGAGGUUGUUCCAACACAAAUCGAAAUAAAUUUAAAAGAAAAUUUAUUACGAAGAGAUUCGAGAACAAAGGAGUUGUAUUUAAAUUUUAGUCCUGAGUUGAGCGCAAUAUUAAGAGAAGUUCAUUAUUUGAAACUCAUGCAAGAGCCGGACAUUCCAGAGGUGGUUUUAAAAUUGGACGAAAAAAAUGAACUGUAUCAGCAAUAUAUUACUAAUCUUAAUUCCACUGUUACUUGGUACAAUAAAAUAAAAAAGACGGCUAAAGACGUAGAAUUUAAUUUAAUUGCAAACGAAGUAAAAGAUAUUGACAAAAUGAUAACUGUAGGUGAAGAAAAUCUAAAUUGGGAAUCUGAAGCUUUAUGGGAAUAUAUGAUAAAGUUACACACUCUUGUGGGAAAUCUACAAGGACACCUUCAGAAAUGUCAAAACAACCUAAACGAGAUCAAAAAUAUUCUUGUGCCAUUUGCUCGACAACCUCUUUUCGAAAGAAAAGACGGUCGGAAGGAUACAUUCUUGGCCAUAGAUGAAAGAACAGAAAAAUUAGAAAAGAGAAAAACAGAUAUUAAGGUUGCGACUGAUAGAAUUCUUCAAUUGUUAGAAGAAAAUAUGAAUUUGUUCCAAAUGACGGACAAACAAGAAAACGAAAAAUGGAUUCAAUAUAUUGAUCAUAUCGAUGUUGUUGUAGAAAGUUAUUUAUACCAGUCAGUAGGCUGCAGUUUGGGCUACAUAAUUGAGCAUAUGGAUCCUGGUAAUAAUUUACCCCCACUAUUUGAGUCACAGUUAAAACUUAUGGAACCGGACAUAGUAUUUAUUCCUUCUUUGGAUUCAUCUGAUCCUGAAGGUUUGAAAAGUUUAAUUACGGGACUUAUAAAUGAUGCAGUCGAAACGUCAGCUAUAGUAAAAAGAUUUUCAAAAAUAAAAACAGUAUCCUAUAAAGAAGAAAUAGAAGCAAAUCAAGAUAUAGUCGACAUUAAAAAUGAUAUCCUGUCCAAUAUUGAUAAGGUUAUAGAAGAAAGCUAUGAAUUUUGCGAUAACUAUCAAACUUAUUCUUAUCUAUGGUUAGAUGACAGAGAGCAAUAUCUAGACCAAUUUUUAACUUAUGGAAGACAACUAAAUAAUGAAGAAUUAGAUUACCUAGGUAUGAAUGAUCCUCUGGCUCCUAAACCUUCACCUCCAAAAAUGGAGCAUUUUAGGGAACAAAUCGAUAAUUUUGAAAAUUUAUCAAAUCAAGUCGAAACUAUUAAGGAGGCAGAAAUAUUUAAUAAUUGGUUUAAAGUGGAUGUACGACCCUUUAAGCAAGCAUUACUUAAUACCAUAAGGAAAUGGGGUAAUAUGUUUAAAGAUCACUUAGUUACUACAGUUACUACGAGUUUAUGUGACUUAAGUAAUUUUAUUAGGUAA